UAUAUUAAAAGUUGUGUUUUUUUUUUCUAAAUAACUAUACCUGAAAAUAAUACUGCAAACAAAACUUAAAUUCCCGGUACUUUUGACGAAAUGUACAUGUAUAAUAAUCCAUGGAUUACUCGUUGUUUACACGUUAAAUAAAGCUCGCAUUGUAUUCAUGUAAAUAUAGAUUAUUAUUUAUAUUUUACCCGUAAAUUCCAAUCCUGACUCCGUAAUGCUGUUUCUUUGAAAAUGUUCGUCUCCUUAUUGUAAGCUGCACAAUUAAUUAUGUUACUGUUUUUUUGUAACUUUUUGUUGUACAGUUGAGAAGAGAUUUUAUGAGUGUACUUGGUGCAUUCUUUUGUUGACGGUAAAAUAAAGUCGCACCCAUUCCAUCAAAAUACUUCAACGCUACAAUAUUACGCUAAUUAUUUUCUUAAGAUUUCUGCUGUAUGUAAAUUAGCACAAUGUCACACCUGCGCUUGACGAUGCUGUUUUAAUUAACAAUGAUGUUUGCUGAAGAUAUAAUAAACAGCGAAAUGAAUAUAUAAUUAAAUGCAUAUAAAUAAAUGUGUAGAAAUAUUUUGAGCCAAACAACAGACAUAUGCAUUUUCAUUUAAAUGCAAUUUGCUGUCAUUUACUUGUUUGAAAUCCUAUAUGCCUUUUCAUACAUCCUAUCCGUAAUGAGGAAAUGGCUUUCAUCUAUACGGGCCAACGACACUGUCGUUGCCCAUCGGAAAACGAUGAGAUCGAUUCACGUAAAAUUGAUCGGAUCGAUUGCGCUCAUUGUUGUGCACGCCAUUCGGAGUUCAAAUCGUAUUAUAUAUAGAUCCCGAUACCGAAUCAGCAAUUGUAUCACGUGCAAUUUAAAAUCACUAAGCUUAAAGGUUUUGCAAUGACGUUAAAGCGGUGAAAACCGCAGCGAAAGUUAAACGAGAUAGAACAAUCGAUUCGCAAAGUUAAAAUUGAGAAAGUUGAAUUAAAAAAUCGAUUGUUACAAAGUAAUCUUCAGAUAAGAAGUAGAAAUUACUUUUGUUCUAUGUAAUAUUGCAAUUGUAAUUUAGCUCGUACCUAGCAAUUUAGACAAACUAAUUUAGAUAAAGGUGCGUAAUGGGAAAAGUAAAGUCUCGUUCUUUACGUCAUUUGGGCAAUUUCCACGGGAGAAUUUCGAAUGUGUCUUUUUCCGUUUUUCCGGUUUUUCUGAAUAUAUUUUUAUUCCGAGUGUUCCCUCAUAACGUCGGAGAUACCGUAAGUGCAUAUAAAAUGGAAUAUCGAUUAAUGUUUAUUACACUACUUUCGCAAGUUAUUGCGAGAAAUGCGUUAUUUACGCAAGACCGUCAUACCCGCAGGUUGACGCAUCUAAAAAAAUGGACAAGUCGACAAGAUUUCACUUAUGUUUAGUAACAAGAGCGUUUACAUAACGGGUGAUAAGAACGAAAGAAGAGACAACCGUUUUCAGUUGAAAGUGAGAGCGGGAGAAUCUCAAUAUACAUUAAAAAUGAGAACGUGAGAUCAUUCUCUAACCCCAACAUACCUGAAUAACAUUUUGUUUGCGUUUUUAUAUAAAAUUUCCUUGCUUGGAGGCAGUUUUUACAAAACCAAAAAAUUCAUCAAACUGAAUUGUUAGCGAUUUGUUUUGCAACAUUAAAUGUAUCUUUUUGUGAAGUCAGAUAUUAGUUUAAUGUUUGAUAUUUUUCUUUUUCUUGUGUAGUUUCUCUUGAAUAAUUUGUCAAAAUUAAAACUCGUUGUUGCGACUCAGGAUCUUGAGACAUCCCGAAAGAGUUAUUUUGCAACAGUCGUUAACCCAUUUGUUUCAAAAAGAAUAUCGCCGUAACGCGCCAUUAUCGAAUAACGAAAUUCCGAGAAAGCAACGUGCAAUUCCGUUAUAUCAUUUUUGUUAUUAUAUGUUCACGAAAGAGUCGCUCAUUUCGCGAGGUGCGUUAGAUAUACCGUCUUGCUGUAUCGAUGUGUGUAUGCCACUGGCUAACGAGCGUAAACGAUGCCAGGUAGUUACGUAAAACGAAGGACACGGGUUUCGAUGUUCGCCAUCGAUAUAGGCUUCCGAUGCUUGUUCAAUUCUAUUGGCUACAUCGUGGGAAACUCUGUUAACGCUGCAACAGUUGGAACAUUUCGCGGCCGCACGGCUUUGGAUAGCCUGUUAAAUAAUAUAUUGGGGGGGGGGGGGCAUGUGUCAAAUCUUUUUCACAUCUUAAAAUAAGCCCUGUCCCUCCCGUAGACAUUGUCCUUUAUAAAAGUUGAUCCUGGCGAUAUGUGCGCUUUCCUUGGGACUGUAUAAUCAUGCGAUCUCAUUCAGACAUUUAAUAUAAUGUUUAACGUUACGCGCCAGCAACCAGCAGACGCGUCUUCGUUUCGCAGUAAGUGUCGAGUACUUUUGUAUAGUGAUAACGAUGCGACGACAGCGAAGGCCGAAUUUGUGUCAACGGCGAAGUGAGCGUCGCACACUUGGGUAGCGCGGAACAUCCCAGAUAAUCGUUUGCCGACCUCGCCGUCGUUCUUUUUUUUUUCUUUUUUUUUCCCUCUUUUUAACGACAAUGCCGGUGAAUGGAUGGUCGCGCGGUGCCGGUAUUUACCCAGCCGCAUCCGAUCGUUCGAUCACACAGGCAGGCGGAUGGGAUGCCCCUCUGCUCUUCCUCGUCGUGUCCGCCGUUGUGGCACGGUGCACGGUGAUUGCUUUUCAUUUCGUUACGUGUCCGCCUCGCAGUCGCACGGGUAAGCCGGCACACGUACCGGCGACGAGAUCUCGCUUUCCGCGGGCAGAACGGGAGGGACGGAUGUCCAUCGAGAGCGAAUCGCGAGCGCAGCUCGAGAAGCGCAUCAAGCUGGAGCCGCGCAGGAGGCGCACCGAUCUUUAACCCGGCCGGCGAUGCACGGUGGUCCCCAGCUAAGUGUGACGAUCGCUACCAGGAGAGUUCAAUGACGGAUCGGCGUUUGCACAAGAGCCUUUUACACGUGAUAGCGGCGUUACGUAACGACAUUUGCACAGGUACAUCAGCGACGCGACUAGAAGCAAGAGAUGCCGUUCCGGAGGUAGAACGAUCUGGGGGAUUCCCGAGCCACCAGCCUCUCGCAAUUUAGUCUUGUCCGUCGUUUGUAGUGCAAACAUACAAGAUGACGACAUUGUGUUUCGCCGGCAUGGUUUUCACCUGCUGCUUUGUUUUAAGCACAGGUUGGUCUCAGAGUUGUCAGGAUCAGGAUACGGGAUGGGAAAAGAUUGCCGGAGCCAGGCCAGCGAACGCUAUAGAGACUGUAUUUUACAAAAACGGUGUUUCGUCCAUAGGUAACAACGGUAUCAUCGCGUCUUGCUUUAAUAGGUGUAAAAGUCUGAAUUGCACAGCUUUCGUAGUCGACUUCGCGAGGAACAUCUGUUACAGCGUGCAGGUAAAAAGCGAGGAACUCAUUCCCGAAACGAAUGCCACGCUUUUCCAAGAGAUCUGUAUCAAAGUCCCACCGAGCUGCAAACAGCAAAGAUUGUGGCACGUAGAGAGAACUUUGGGAGCUAUUUUAAAAGAGGGACAGUCCGGCUGGUUCCAUCAAGCAUUACGGAAGAGCGAGUGUUACGAGAGGUGUCUACAAGCAGACGAAUGUGCAUCCGCACAAUAUCGUACGGGCGAGCCGUUGUCGAUCAACGACACCAUUGGCACGUGUUCAUUGUCGAAGCUCGAGCGGGGUACCAGACCGCAAGCCUACAGAUCGUCGAUGUAUCGAGACGAGUAUCUACAGGAUCAGUGCCAUAAUAUGCCGAAGAACAGCUAUUGUUCCUACGCGGAAUUUCGGAACGCAUCGUUGCCAUAUUCGGACGUGGCGUUACCGGGACUUGACAUAAAGCAGUGCGAGGAGAGGUGCGACCGCAGUGAGGACGGUUUCAUUUGCAGAGCCUAUACCGUCGACUAUUCGGAGGAGAAACCGCUCUGCCUCCUGCAUUCUGACAGCACAAUCGGUCUUGGAGUCAGUUCGCUGGUUGACAGAUCUAACGCGGUCUACAAGGAGCGAGAGCCUUGUCUAGAUCUGAAAGUGGAGUGCAGCGAAUCGACCAUGACAGUCAUACUGACCACUACGGAGCCCUUCGUAGGGCGGAUGUACGCUAAUGCAUACGGAGAAGUUCUUACUUGCGGCGUUAACGGCGUUGGGAACAACGUGACGAUAUUAAAAUUGCCGCUGCCAACGAAAGAGCAAAUUAAAACAUCGGAAAUUGCGUGCGGCCUUACAGUUGCGUUUGCCAUCGACAAUGAAAAUCGGACGCGCACGUUCGUUUGGGCCAUCAUUGUGAUACAGUACAAUCCGAUCAUUCAGCGAUUGGGAGAUCAAUCGGUGAGAGUCGGAUGCUCCUUGGACGACGGCGGUCUUCCGGGACCGAGAAACGUGACCGUUCAUUCGAAUUUCUCUUUCGCGGAUCCAAACGCAGGCGUACCGCCGGUUGGGUCAAUUGUAGUGAACGUAUCGUCCGAGGUGCCAGUGAUAACGAUGAGAAUUCUCAACGAAGACAAUACGGACGCAGUUGUGACUCAAUUGGGCCAGAAGCUAACGCUCAGAAUUGAAAUUGAUCCCGUCAACGGGAUUUAUGAUAUCGCGGCUGGACACCUUGUAGCUAGUAGUGCAUCUGGAGAUUCCUCGUAUCUCCUUUUGGACGAAAUUGGAUGUCCGACGGAUCCGGCGACCUUUCCCGCGCUAUUGAAAGAUCCAAUCGAUAACCGUUCUUUGAUUUCAACGUUUAGUGCCUUUAAAUUUCCCGACAGCCAAAUUGUCCGAUUCAAUGUCAUCGUUAGAUUUUGUGUCGAGGUGUGCGAACCGGCCACGUGCAGAGGGGGAUUGCUCUCGUAUGGCAGGAAGCGACGUUCGAUCGAGGAGCCGGUCACCGCCGAGGUAACAGAACUUUUCAAAAACCUCACGCCCGCGGAAUUACCGUUACAAACAUCUAUCAUUGUUCAAAGUCCAGUGAUAACGGCGGGCCAUUUAUCCAGGGAAAAUCCUGAUACGCUUGUGAUCGCCGGCGGAAAAUCUGGAGACAGCUUUUUUUGCAUGGACGAGGGUCUAGCUCUAGGUCUUCUCAUCUUUUGGUUAAUAAUCCAGAUUGCGCUCACCGCCGGUUGUAUCAUAGCAGUUCGUCGCUACAGAAGAAUGGCUGUAGAGGCGGAAGAGGACAGAGCUGAGAUAUUGGCGCGACACCUUUACGGGAUUCACGGAGGGAACUUCGAAAUCGCACGACGGGUGAGGUGGGCCGACCGAAAUGAUUCCUCGAUCGGAUGAUUUUUGUCAUACACGAGAUAUUUCCUAUUCGUUAUGGAAUAGUUU